AUGAGUUCUUUCAUGACUCUCGGUGGCUUAACAACAUCAACUUCAACUGGCGAAUCAUUGGCCUUAAAUAAUUCGUCACCAACUUAUACUUCUGGAUCACUUUUGAACGAUAGUCUGCCAUCAACGAGUACCCUCAGACCAUAUCAAAAGAACGAUAGUAGUUCAUUCAGCGCGUUUAGUGCACGAUCUAAUCUCAACAAAUAUCAUCUUCAAGCAAAUUUAAAUCCGUCUCAACCACCAAAUUUUCCGUCACUUCUAAAUCCGGCUAUGAUGGCUGCACAAAUUGGUUUAUUAAAUUCGCCUAAUACGCUUAUGGCUAUGAUGCAGGUAAAAGUAUCGUGUUAA